UGCAGACAGAUUUCUGCUUUCAAAUUUGAAUUAACAAACAAGGCAAUAAAGACUAAAUUUCAACAAUAAUUGAUGGAUGUGAGUGAAAACAAUUGCACGGCCGGUGCUUAUUUUAAUGUGAGGUACAUUUUUUGGUAUCGGAAGAUAGCUCAAAAUAAUAAUAAUAUCAUUAUAAAUGCCACCAAAGAAACAAUCAGAAAAGGGAAAGGCAGGUGGAAGUAGUAAAGGUGGUGGAGGUGGAAAAUCAGGAGGAGAUUCGAAAGAAUCAGCUGGAAAAGAAAAAAAAGGUGGGACAGCUGUCAAAGUCCGUCACAUUUUGUGCGAGAAACAGUCAAAAUGUUUGGAGGCGCUGGAAAAACUGAAAGCCGGACAAAAGUUUCCGGAUGUAGCCGCCGCGUAUAGCGAGGACAAGGCGAGGCAAGGUGGAGAUCUCGGCUGGAUGACCCGUGGGUCUAUGGUGGGUCCAUUCCAGGAUGCGGCAUUCGCCUUGCCCAUAUCGUCAGUCACGAACCCUGUUUACACAGAUCCACCUGUAAAAACUAAGUUUGGUUACCAUAUUAUAAUGGUAGAAGGCAAAAAAUGACAGGCAUGGUGUUUGAGUUUGAAUAUUUCUGGGCGAUACUGCUGUUGUUCAUUAUGGAGCGAAUAUGUUGCCUGCAAGAACAGUUUGAUAAGGAUUUUGUCAAGCUCCCUGACCCACAGAGGUCUAAUGAUUCGCUCACUUCUAAUAUAGAUGACUUUGCUAAUACAGACUUUAGCCUCAAGCUGAGUUUCCUGCGUUUGUGCCGUCUGAUGCACGUUACGAUGCUGCUGAGCCUCGUAUACUUCUUCAACAUUUGUCUAUGGUUCAUCAUGACAAAGCGUGCCUCGCCCAGAACUCUACGCUACAAGUUCCGACUUGCAUUACCUUGACCUGUCUUAUUUUCUGAUGUGGAAUAAACUUUUCUAAUGUUCUCAUUA